UGAAGCGAAAAUGUCGGUUGAGGACUCUUGGGUUUUUGAUUCGCUGGUGUGUUUUUUGCACGGACCCGUGUGGAAUGCGCCCCUCCAGACCUUCAUUGAGCAGAAAUCCCUAGUCUUCGAUCCAAACCUGCAGGUGGACGAAACCAAUCCCGACAUCCUCCAGAUCCACGAAGAGUACAAGAACCUGGUGGACUACAUGCUCGGUAGUUUCAUGGAAGAGAUGCAGAUAACGCCGGAGCAGUUUGAAAUGGCCUGUCUGGAGGGUCGACAGCAGGGUCAGGGCGAGAAUCCCUUCCAGUUUCAUCAGGUCCUGUUCCAGCAGAUUUGGGCGGCCAACGACCUGAAGAUAUUUAUUCGCAUGAUGACGCAACGCAACGUGGAACUCCAGCUACAGGCCCUGGAUCUCAUCGAGAAAAAUCAAUUAGCCCAUAAUUCCGGCGAGGAAGGGGAUGGUCAGCACCAAGCGGAAACGGCUUCGGAUCAGGGUGAUUCCCCCUCAGAAGUGGAGCAAUUGAUAGCCAAGACAGUGGCCGACGAAUUGGAGAGCCCCGAGGCUGCCCUCACUCCCGACCAGGACACUAAUCUCGAUCUAGUCAACGACAAAUUCCAGCGCCUUAACUUGUUUUUUGAGCAGGAGGACCAGGUGGACCCCAAUGAUAUGGUGUCGCGACAGGAGUACCUUCGCCAGCAGCGCGACAAAAUAGUGGAAAUUAAGAAGCAAACACGGGCCAAGCAGUUGCAAGAGACCAUGUCUAAGGGCACGCCACAUGCUCCCGAAGGUGCUCGUCCCAGCUCAGCCCUGGUAGCCCAGCAGCUCCUGGAGAACGGUGGCCGAACCAAGGAGUUGUCGGUGCCAGCUCCUCUAGAGAGUGAGGAAAACGCUGCCCUCCAGUUGAGACGAAACUUGGCCAGACGCUUGCGCAACGAAGUGGUGGAGCAAAAGUAAAC